CCUCGUAUUGAAACUGAAAGAUCAAAAGGAGGCCAAACCUCCGAAGCAGUCCUCUACAACUUGGUACCAAAUCAAGAUGGCCAAGCCACAUUCUUCAAGAAACAGGAGCCUGUCUGGCAUGAUCAGCAGAUUCAGCCGAAGUGCUGUCUAUAGAAAAAAGGCCCUUUACAAUAGAAAAAAGCCAACAGUUGAGAAGAAGGCGACUAAGGUUGAAACUCAUAAGACAAAGUCAGUUGGUGGUGAAAAGAAUGGUGAAAAAAGAACUGUUCCAAUCAACAGAAAGGCAAGAUUCUACCCUACAGAAGACACACCAAGAAAGCUGAAAUCCAGGAAGUCACCCAAGCCAGCCAAGUUAAGAAGUUCGAUUACCCCAGGAACAAUUGUUAUUCUUCUUGCUGGAAGACACAGGGGAAAGAGAGUUGUCUUUUUGAAACAACUGGCAUCUGGGCUUCUCCUUGUUACAGGUCCAUAUCAAGUCAAUGGAGUACCACUCCGAAGGGUUCCACAGACGUAUGUUAUUGCAACAGAGACAAAAAUUGAUAUUGGAAGCCUAAAAGUUGACAAAGACUUGAAUGAUGAAUUCUUUAAAAGACAAAAGACCCAGAAGAAGAGGACUGAUAACAUGUUUGAGCAAAGUGUUGAGGACUACAAAGUCAGUGAUGCCAGGAAAGAGAAGCAAAAAGCUGCUGAUGAAGCCAUUGCUGCUGAAAUAUCCAAAGUACCCUUACUCAAGAAAUACAUGCGAUCAUUAUUCUCACUUCGUAAAGGGCAAUACCCACAUGCAAUGAAGUUUUAAGGAGAUCUCAAAUGUAAAAAGGAAUAUUAAAAA